GAGGCGAGGUUCCGGGGGGUGGGGCGGCCCGGAGGCCAGAGGGCGAGUGGGGCUGCGGGCCGUGGUGACCGAGGAGACCGCGGCGGCAGCUGAGGAGGAGGAAAAGGCAGCGGGGGUGCGGCCGGCGCGAGGAGCUCCUCCCCCGUCCCUUCACCCGUCGACGGCGCUGCUCGGCCCGGGGCGGGGCGGGGGUACGUGGAGCCGGGCCGGACUGGAAAGCCGCUCAGUGUCCGGUCGAAGCGCACCCCUGCGCCCGCUCCCGCCGCCCGCGGGAACUUUGUGGCCGCGCCGCAGGUGUGGGGGCCGGCGGAGGUGUGCAUGCGGGGCGCGAGGGCGUCGCGGAGAGCGGCCGCGGUCCUGUCCGGUCCCCCUCGGAGUGGCCCGGAGGAGGAGGGCGAGGAGCAAGGUGUGUGAACCUCUUCCUGAUUUCUGGAGAAAAAUGCCGGUCCGGAAGCAAGAUACCCAGAGAGCUUUGCAUCUUUUGGAAGAGUAUCGUUCUAAACUAAGCCAAACUGAAGACAGACAGCUCAGAAGUUCCAUAGAACGAGUUAUUAACAUAUUUCAGAGCAACCUCUUUCAGGCUUUAAUAGAUAUUCAAGAAUUUUAUGAAGUGACCUUACUGGAUAAUCCAAAAUGUAUAGAUCAUUCAAAGCAGUCUGAACCAAUUCAGCCUGUGAAUACCUGGGAAAUUUCUAGCCUUCCAAGCACUACUGUGACUUCAGAAACACUGCCAAGCAGCCUUAGUCCUGGUAUAGAGAAAUACCGGUAUCAGGAUGAAGAUAUACCUCCUCAAGAGCACAUUUCUCCACAAAUAACUAAUGAGGUGAUAGGACCAGAAUUGGUUCAUGUCUCAGAGAAGAAUCUGUCAGAAAUUGAGAAUGUCCAUGGAUUUGUUUCACAUUCUCAUAUUUCACCAAUAAAGCCAACAGAAGCUGUACCUCCCUCUUCUCCCACUGUCCCUGUGAUCCCUGUCCUGCCAGUCCCUGCUGAGAGUACUGUCAUCCUACCCAUCAUACCACAGGCAAAUCCUCCUCCAGUCUUGGUCAACACAGAUAGCUUGGAUACACCAACUUAUGUUAAUGGCACUGAUGCAGAUUAUGAGUAUGAAGAAAUCACACUUGAGAGGGGAAAUUCAGGGCUUGGGUUCAGCAUUGCAGGAGGUACAGAUAACCCACAUAUUGGAGAUGACUCAAGUAUUUUCAUUACCAAAAUUAUCACAGGGGGAGCAGCUGCCCAAGAUGGAAGAUUACGGGUAAAUGACUGUAUAUUGCGAGUAAAUGAAGCAGAUGUUCGUGAUGUAACACAUAGCAAAGCAGUUGAAGCAUUGAAAGAAGCAGGGUCUAUUGUACAUUUGUAUGUAAAAAGACGGAAACCAGUAUCAGAAAAAAUGAUGGAAAUAAAGCUUAUUAAAGGUCCUAAAGGUCUUGGUUUCAGCAUUGCUGGAGGUGUUGGAAAUCAGCAUAUUCCUGGGGAUAAUAGCAUUUAUGUAACCAAAAUAAUUGAAGGAGGUGCAGCACAUAAGGAUGGUAAACUUCAGAUUGGAGAUAAACUUCUAGCAGUGAAUAGUGUAUGUUUAGAAGAAGUUACUCAUGAAGAAGCAGUAACUGCCUUAAAGAACACGUCUGAUUUUGUUUAUCUGAAAGUGGCAAAACCCACAAGUAUGUAUAUAAAUGAUGGCUAUGCACCACCUGAUAUCACCAACUCAGCUUCUCAGCCUGUUGAUAAUCAUGUUAGCCCAUCUUCCUUCUUGGGCCAGACACCAGCAUCACCAGCCAGAUACUCACCAGUUGCUAAAACAAUGCUUGGAGAUGAUGAAAUCACUAGGUUAAGACUGUUUGAUACAUGGCCAGAAUACAGUCGUUUUGAAGCAAAAAUACAUGACUUACGGGAGCAGAUGAUGAAUAGUAGCAUUAGCUCAGGCUCAGGCUCUCUGAGAACUAGCCAGAAGCGAUCUCUCUAUGUCAGAGCCCUUUUUGAUUAUGACAAGACCAAAGACAGUGGCCUUCCCAGUCAAGGGCUGAACUUCAAAUUUGGAGAUAUCCUCCAUGUUAUUAAUGCUUCAGAUGAUGAAUGGUGGCAAGCGAGACAAGUCACACCAGAUGGUGAGAGUGAGGAAGUUGGAGUGAUUCCAAGUAAACGCAGGGUUGAAAAGAAAGAACGAGCCCGAUUAAAAACAGUGAAAUUCAAUUCUAAAGCAAGAGGAGAUAAAGGGCAGUCAUUCAAUGACAAGCGUAAAAAGAACCUCUUUUCCCGAAAAUUCCCCUUCUACAAGAACAAGGACCAGAGUGAGCAGGAAACAAGUGAUGCUGACCAGCAUGUAACUUCUAAUGCCAGCGAUAGUGAAAGUAGUUACCGUGGUCAAGAAGAAUAUGUCUUGUCUUAUGAACCGGUGAAUCAACAGGAAGUUAAUUAUACUCGACCAGUUAUCAUAUUGGGACCUAUGAAAGACAGAAUAAACGAUGACUUGAUCUCAGAAUUUCCUGACAAAUUUGGAUCCUGUGUUCCUCAUACGACUAGACCAAAACGAGAUUAUGAGGUAGAUGGAAGAGAUUAUCACUUUGUGACUUCAAGAGAGCAAAUGGAAAAAGAUAUACAAGAACAUAAAUUCAUUGAAGCUGGCCAGUAUAACAACCAUCUGUAUGGAACCAGUGUUCAGUCUGUGCGAGAAGUAGCAGAAAAGGGUAAACACUGUAUCCUUGAUGUGUCCGGAAAUGCCAUAAAGAGAUUACAAAUUGCACAACUGUAUCCAAUAUCAAUUUUUAUCAAGCCCAAAUCCAUGGAAAAUAUCAUGGAAAUGAAUAAGCGGCUAACAGAAGAACAAGCUAGGAAAACAUUUGAGAGAGCCAUGAAACUGGAACAGGAAUUUACUGAACAUUUCACAGCUAUUGUCCAGGGCGAUACGCUGGAAGACAUUUACAACCAAGUGAAGCAAAUCAUAGAAGAGCAGUCUGGUCCUUACAUCUGGGUUCCAGCAAAAGAAAAGUUAUGAGGACUUGUGUUUCUCUAUUUCUCUUUUCCACAGUCUUGUUUUCUUUGAUACUUCUUGACUCUUUCCUUUUAGAGUCUGUUUUCAGUACUCCUUUCACAUUGAAUCAUCUCUCACACAUCAUGGUCUGCACUUGUGCUUAUUUUUGACAUUACUGUCUCCUUCACAGUAUAUCAUCUGUAUUAUUCCACAUCACUAUAGUUUGUGGCCAUUUUCCUGAACUGAAGAUAGAUGGCCUGACCAGCUGUUAAGGGUCUGGGGAGAUGCAGAAAUUGUGGUAAAAUUCCUUAAUGUUUAAGGGAAAGUAACUUUUAAGAGAUUUUCAGAAUAGCUUUAUAUACAUCCUUUUGAAAUUUUAGUACAAAUGAAAGAAAAGUGGUUUUAACCAGUGAUUUAGUAGACUUUGAGCAAUUAUGCACGCUUAACUUUAAUAGCAUGGUUUGGCCAGUGUGUUAGCUCUCAAGUCCUUUUCCCAAUUGACUUCUGUAUCAAAGGAAUUACUUCAUUAUAGACAAAAGUAAGAAAAUUUUCUUCUAUUUCAAAAUUAAUGUCUGUUCUUUCAUAAUUUCACAAGGAUAUUCAUUUUUCAUAGGUUUUAAGUCUUUCAUUGUUUGAGAUUUUCCACUCCCAUACAUUAGUUAGAAACAGCAGUGUUCAGAUGUUUUUAAUCUAUUUGUGCAACACUGUUUAUAGUGUCUCACAGAAGUUGUUCAUACAUACUGAUCAUCUCAUUUCCUGAACUAAGAUCAUGUUGACGUGGUAGGAGCUCACCUUUUACACUGAGGGUUGAGAACAUUUUUAUACGCAUAAAUGCAAACCGAAGAGACAUGGCAGUGGAGAUGUAGAAAUCAUCAUGCCAGUGGAAAAGGAGUCCAAUUCAUAGCCUAAAAUUUUAAAUGUAUUCUUAGGGGUCAGAUUUUAAUGAAUAUUUUACCCACAAUAACUGCCUAUUUUGUUAUA